AUGUGACGGGUUGCUCAGGAGCAUAUAAAGUGCGUCUCUGAGCUGCGGGCAGCCUCAGGGCGCCUGGCACCAUGUGGAUGCUCGUGCCCAUCGCUUUUGCUGGGAAGCUGCUGAGUGCUUUCAGGAUGCAGCUGAGCUAUCUGUGGAGCAGUCUGGUGCCCCUGCUCCCCAGCCUCAGGGCAGCAUUCCAGCUGGCAGGGACUCAGAGGGGACGGCAGCAGCAGGGCAGGAAAGAAGCGGUGGAGACAAGAAGGGAAGAGGAAGAGGGCAUCGACCAGCCCACCACCCCGCUCAGCGUCAACUACCACUUCACCCGCCAGUGCAACUACAAGUGCGGCUUCUGCUUCCACACGGCCAAAACGUCCUUCGUGCUGCCCCUCGAGGAGGCCAAGCGAGGACUGCUGCUGCUUAAGGAAGCCGGUAUGGAGAAGAUAAACUUUUCAGGCGGAGAGCCAUUUCUCCAUGACCGGGGCGAAUACCUAGGCAAGCUGGUGAAGUUCUGCAAGGACGAGCUGCAGCUGCCAAGCGUGAGCAUCGUGAGCAACGGGAGCCUGAUCCGGGAGAGGUGGUUCAAGAGCUACGGUGAAUAUUUGGACAUUCUCGCCAUCUCCUGUGACAGCUUUGACGAGCAAGUCAAUGUCCUCAUUGGCCGUGGUCAAGGAAAGAAGAACCACGUGGAAAACCUUCAAAAACUGAGGAGGUGGUGUAGGGAUUACAGAGUGGCCUUCAAGAUAAACUCUGUCAUUAAUCGAUUCAACGUGGAAGAGGAUAUGAACGAACAGAUUAAAGCACUGAACCCCCUCCGCUGGAAGGUCUUCCAGUGCCUCAUAAUUGAGGGUGAGAACUCCGGAGAAGAUGCUCUGAGAGAAGCAGAACGAUUCCUUAUUAGCGAUGAAGAAUUUGAAAGAUUCUUAGACCGCCACAAAGAGGUGUCCUGUUUGGUGCCUGAGUCUAACCAGAAGAUGAAGGAUUCCUAUCUUAUUCUGGAUGAAUAUAUGCGCUUUCUGAACUGUAGAAAUGGACGGAAGGAUCCUUCCAAGUCCAUCCUGGAUGUUGGAGUAGAAGAAGCUAUAAAAUUCAGUGGAUUUGAUGAGAAGAUGUUUCUAAAGAGAGGAGGAAAAUACGUGUGGAGCAAGGCAGACCUGAAGCUGGACUGGUAACGCCGGAAGUGGAACCGGCCUUCAGCCCACCUGUGGGGACCUCUUACUCAGACUCAAAGUGUGGCCGCCACUGUCAGCAGUGCCUCCUGUUGGCAUUUCUCAGUGGCCCCAAAUCUGGUUUUUUAUUGCACAUGAUAUCUGAUUAUCUCUGGUCACUGAACACCUAAAUAACUUGGAUGACUGACUUCCACAGAUAAUGCAAAACCAUUAACUUUAGUUAAUUAGGUUAUUUUGGAUUUGAUUUUUUGAGCAGUGUUUACUGUGACUCCUGUAUUUUCAUUUAUUUUUCCAGUCCUUUCAUUUGAGAGAUUCAGUUCUUUUCUGCUAAAUAUCAGGAUGCCAAUUUUCACAUCUGGAAAAAUUACAAAAUAUCUCCCCCAAUUAUUUCUGCUUGUUGUAACCUCUUUCUUUUUCUGUCUUUUUACUAUGCAAUCUUGGACUUUUGACCCAGAAGUUUA